AUGGAUCUCGUCGCGAAAUACACAUCCUGCUUGUCUAAAUGGCAGCUCAGCGUGGCCCCCGGCUGGCAGACUGUGGGCGCCUCGGUGCUCCUGGCAGCGGGGAGUUUGUUCAUCGUCUCUAGAGCUCUCCUUUUCGCCAGGGUUCUUCUGAGUUUGUUCGUGCUUCCUGGGAAGCCGCUCCGCUCCUUUGGACCCAAAGGCAGCUGGGCCGUGAUCACAGGUGCCUCCGAUGGAUUGGGCAAGGAGUUUGCUCUUCAGCUUGCCCGUGAUGGCUUCAAUAUCCUUCUUGUUUCCCGCACUGCUUCGAAAUUGACCACCCUCGGUGAUGAGAUCACGUCCAAAUACCCGUCCGUGCAGACCAAGACGCUGGCGAUGGAUUACGCCCGCAACCAGGACAGCGACUUCGAGAAGCUCAAGGCCUUGGUGGAUGAGCUGGAUGUGGCCGUGCUUGUGAACAACGUCGGAAAGAGCCACGACAUCCCCACUCCCUUCGCUCUGACCCCGGAGGAUGAAUUGACGGACAUAGUGACGAUCAACUGCCUCGGCACUCUGCGGACUACUCAGCUGGUCGUCCCCGGCAUGGUUCAGCGCAAGCGGGGAUUGAUCCUAACGAUGGGCUCCUUCGGUGGUUUGCUUCCUACGCCCCUUCUUGCGACCUACUCGGGUAGCAAGGCCUUCCUGCAGCAGUGGUCCUCGGCGCUUGGCUCGGAGCUCGAGCAGCAUGGCAUCACGGUAGAACUUGUGCAGGCGUACCUGAUCACCUCGGCUAUGUCGAAGAUCCGCCGGGCCAGCGCUACGAUUCCUAACCCCCGGACUUUUGUGAAGGCGGUGCUGUCUAAGAUUGGCCGCAACGGCGGAUCCCCCACAUAUGCGUACAGCUCGUCUCCCUACUGGAGCCACGGACUCAUGGCCUGGUUCCUGACCUGCGUCACUGGCACUAUGGGCAAAUUGGUUUUGGGUCAGAACCGGGGAAUGCACGAGUCGAUCCGGAAGCGGGCCUUGCGUAAGGCUGAGCGGGAGAAGGGCAAGAAGAGCACCUGA